AAUACGAUAGCGUCUCCCAUACAAUCAACUCGUGAUACAUGCUGACAAACAACGUGUACACUGAUUUCAUACAUCAUUACACUCCGUCGAUGAUUCGGGAGUCAGUUGCGUGUGUUAUUCCGACGAGAUAAAUUAUGUCAUCGAAGAAAUUAUCAUUGGUGUCAAUACUUGUGUUUUUGGCCAUGGUGGAGCGAGGAUGGGCCAAUUUUGACCAGUGUCCUAAUGUUAAAAAACCUUUGAGUCAUGUGCGGAAACGGCGGCAUUUGACCUUCCCGGACGGGACCACAGUUUCCAUGACAACGUCAGUAGUAAAGACGUUCAUGACGCAUGUGCCUUCUGGCUGGUAUCUGGUCAUUGAAGCCAGCCUGGUGUACCACCUGCCCGACACGAAGACUCAGAUCAGCGCACACCGACGGAAGAAACUCCACCACCGGCAGAAGAGAGAGUUCUGGGAUACGCUGCGAGAGGCUUUGGAUAUUCGGAAUAUCAAUGGAGAAUCGUGUGUCAUAAGAAGUAUAUGCGAAGCGAAGACUCAUCUCGCGCCUCCUGGGAAGUCAUUAGUCCACGAUAUACUAAGAGCUAUAUUUACAGCACCGCUUCAUGAAGAAGAAUUUAAUGAAGAAAUAGGACGGAAUUACAGGCGACUUCUGGAGCCGGAUGUUUGUGAAAAAGAGAACGAUUGCCCGUUUUCUAUUCUUAAUUUUAUUUUUCAAUUAAAUAAUCAAAAUUAUUGAUUUUAUAUUAACUUCACGGACACCUAAUUUUAAUGUUCUAAUGUUCCUAUAUAUAGUAAUAAACGUUGUGUCCUAUGUA